AUGGCUUCAAAUGGAGUCUCGCAUCAUUCCCAUGAUGCCACGGCACUCAACGUGAGUCUCCCCUCUCAUCAGACAACAGCGGUUGCUUAUUCAUUGCAGAUGCCAACAUACCCCAGCAACUGCCUAGAAUUUGCGAAGCGUUUUUUGGCCCUGGAGGCUAACGUCUCUGACUGCGUGGAAAAGGCCAAAGUGCCUCUGAAUAUUCUCCUUGUUGGCGCUGGUUUAGGAGGCCUUGCCACGGCCAUUGCGCUCACGCAAAGUGGCCACAACGUAACAGUCUUCGAACAGACAGCGGUGCUUGGGGAAGUGGGAGCCGGAAUUCAAGUGCCAUCCAACUCUACCAAGAUUCUUUUCAAGCUGGGGCUAAAGCCGUACCUGAAGCCCUAUGUGACUGAGCCCGAGUCCAUAUCUUUCAGAAGAUGGCAGACCGGCAACGUCAUUGGCAACACAAGAUUAAUUCCAGAUUUUACGGACAAGUUUGAUGCCCCCUACUAUGUAAUUCACAGAGCUCACUUCCACGCCGCCCUUUAUCAAAAGGUGCAGGACAUGGGAAUUGAAAUCAAAUUGGGAGCGAGAGUUGAGAAUUACAACCCGGCCACGGGAAGCAUCACGCUUGCUGAUGGAACAAUUUACACCGGAGAUCUGAUUGUCGCUGCCGAUGGCAUCAAGUCUGUUGCUCGCAAAACCGUUCUCGGUGGAGAGGAUAUGGCUUUCCGCAAGCCUGGUUUUGCGGCCUAUCGCGCGACAGUAGAUGUGGAACGAAUGCGAAAAGAUCUCGAUGUCUCAUGGAUUCUUGAAAAGCCGGCUCUGAAUAUAUGGAUCGGGGAUUCGAGACACGCCAUGACUUACACCAUUGGUGCGGGCAAGGCCUUCAACAUGGUGUUAUCUCAUCCAGACGCCACUGACCCAUCUACGUGGAACCCCCUCAGGGCUGUUGACGAUAUGAAGGCCGAGUUUGACGGCUGGGAUCCAGUGCUGACCAAAAUCAUUGGCAUGGUAGAGAAAACACUCAAAUGGCCGCUUAUCAGUGGCUCUGUUCUUGACAAAUGGGUAUUGGACAAACUUGUCAUUCUUGGGGAUGCCGCCCACGCGAUGUUGCCGUACAUGUCACAAGGUGCCGCAAUGGCUGUUGAAGACGGACUGGCUCUUUCGCGGUCUUUGUCUAAGAUUCAGUAUGAAGAUCAGCUAGCAGAAUGCCUUUCAGUAUUCGAAAAGGUUCGGAUGCACCGUGCUGGUCAGAUGCAGGAGGCUAGUCUGCUUAAUAGCCAUCUCUGGCAUUUCGCCGAUGGCCCACUGCAAGAGGCGAGAGAUGCGGCAAUGGUUCCCGAAGUAAAAGGAUUAUCAUUCAGUCACAGCCCGAACCAGUGGAGCGACCCUGCCACUCAGAUGUGGUGUUAUGGGUAUGAUACUGAAAAAGCCAUUGACGAGGCAUGGGAGAAGAGCCAGACCAAAGACCACUAG